AUGGGAGGAUUGGAGCAGUUUGGACCUUGGGCCGACCUCCACCCGGAGCUCCUCCUUUCCAUCGCCGACGGGUUGUCGCUAAAGCACUACGCCUCCAUCCGCGGCGCCUGCCCGGCCUGGCGUUCCGCCCUCCCGCCGCCGCUCCCUUCUCUCCUCGUCCUUGUCGACGGCCGGCGCGCAUCCGCACUAUCGUUCCUGAUGCAGCGCCCCAUCCACUGCUCCACGCUCCAGACGCGCAGCUGCUUCCUCGGCUCAAGUAACGGCUGGUUCGCCGUCGUCAGCGAGUAUAGGCUGCAGAUCUUCCUCCUGAAUCCCCUUACCGGCGAGGAGAUCAGCCUCCUUCGGAUUAAGAAUUGCGGCAAGAGGGUGCGCAAGGUCGUAUUCGCGCCGAACCCCAGACCCGACGACUACACCGCCGUCGCCAUAUGCAACGGCAACAAGCUCGCCUACAGCAAGACCCGGGAUAUGAAGUGGUUCAUCAGCGACGUCGCCAUGGACAGGGGGGACCAGCUCAUCGACCUGGUCUACGACACGGACGGUGGCAAGGUCUACUGCCUUACAGAAUGCGGGGACGUGCACGUGCUCCACAUUCCCCGUGGCCGCCGCCGGAAGCCUAUAGUCGAGCCCUUGCUGCCGGAGCGCCCGUUCGACCCCACGGCCGUCUUCGCACCGCCCUACCACACAGCUUCUAAGCUCACAAGGUUCAAGCAGAUCUUCAUCUGUAAUGGUAGCCUGUACCAGGUAUGGCGGAAUGCCACCGGUAACAUCGCUUGGCGGCUGCCAGAGGGCGGCCGGUUCAGCAUGUCCGACAACGACAUCUUCGUUCUGAGGUACGACCCUGGGCGCAGACCAUGCUGGGACACAGUGAAUGAUCUGGGCGGCUACUCUGUGUUCAUCGGCAAGAACAACCCAGCGGUGGUCCGAGCUGAGGAUGUCCCCGGGGUGAGGGCCAACUGUGUGUACUGGAUCGAUGAGCGGUGGAGAGACGUGCCUAUGGUGUUCGACAUGGUCACCCGAACCUCUGCACCCUUUGUUCUUCCCUCUGCUGACAGUGUUCAAAGCCCCCUAUGUGGAACAGGCUGCUGGUACUUCUUCAGUGAUAACAUUACAAGCAUCGACAACAAUGGAAGGAAACAGCACAUGAGUGGAGACGCCGACAGAUCUCAAGAGCAACAGGAAGCUAAAAGAUCUAAGUCAUAA